AUGCUUCGCGGACAACGCCUAUCAUGGCGAAUAGCAAGCCAGUAUCAGUCGCGGAUGCUGUGUAGAGACUGCCAGCAGCAAGUUUCCCGACAGAGAGGUCUCGCCGCUUCACAGCGCUCGAGCGCUGCGUCCUCGUCUUCCUCCAUCAAUACAGUCCAGCGAUUACAAAUACGCCACUUCUCGUCGCAUCCCGCCAGACGGAAAGACAAACCAUCGGACGAUGAUCCCACCCCAGCGCCAUCAGAAGAAGUCGACGACAAGACGAAGAAGUCUGAGAGAGAGCUGACGGAGUCUUCUCGAGGCAAGGACAAUGCAGAGGCAAAGAAGACACCAUCAGGACCAGACCCGAUACCACAGCCAGAUGGCAAGGCCGCCGUAGAUGGUGGCAGUGGAGGAGAUGGCGCCUCGGGCUCUGGAAGUGGCGGUGAUCAGGGUAGCAAACGUGGCCGCAAGGCAACGCAAAUAUCCAAGCCCACGGUGCCGGAGACAUACCCUCAGGUCAUGGCCAUCCCGAUCGCGAAGAGGCCAUUGUUUCCCGGCUUUUAUAAAGCUGUCACCAUCAAAGAUCCAAAUGUCGUUGCCGCCAUUCAUGAAAUGAUCCGCAGAGGACAGCCAUAUGUCGGCGCGUUUCUUUUCAAGGACGAGUCUAUGGACAAGGACAUCAUCGAGAAGCCGGACGAUGUCUACGACGUUGGUGUCUUUGCUCAGAUUACGAGCGUCAUCCCUGCGCCAGGCGAUGCUGAUAGUGUGACCGCUGUCCUCUAUCCUCACCGCCGAAUCAAGAUGACCACACUUUUGCCACCCAAUGCCGCGGAGCCCGGCAAGACGACUGUCGAGGUACAGCCGGCAACGGAGGAGAAACCGCAGCCUGAUGGUACCACCGAAAACAAAGGUGAUGUGGUCGCCAGCUUCGAAGAGCCCAACAAGCAAGAGCAGAGUGACGUAACAGUCUAUGAGCCAACAGCCUUUCUUCGCAAAUUUCCCGUGUCACUCGUCAAUGUCAAGAACCUUACAGAGAUUGCACAUGACAAGAAGAGUCCGAACAUCAAAGCCCUUGCUUCCGAGAUCGUCAACGUCUUCCGCGAGAUCGCCUCCAUCAACCCCAUGUUCAAGGAUCAGAUAGCAGAUUUCAGCAUGUCUUAUCCGGGUAACGUGACGGAUGAGCCAACCAAGCUCGCUGACUUUGCAGCGGCGGUCUCAGCCGGCGACAUCGAGGAGCUUCAAGAUAUCUUGCAAACCAUGGAUGUCGAGCAAAGGCUGCAUAAGGCUUUCACGGUCUUGAAAAAUGAACUCAUGAAUGCUAAGCUCCAGACGAAAAUCACCAAGGACGUUGAGAAUAAGAUUCAGAAACGCCAGCGUGAAUACUGGUUGAUGGAACAAAUGAAGGGCAUCAAGCGAGAGCUCGGCCUAGAAUCUGACGGCAAGGAUAAGCUUGUUGAGAAGUUCAAGGAGAAGGCCUCCAAGCUUGCUAUGCCUGAAGCAGUCAAUAAAGUCUUCGAGGAAGAGCUCAACAAACUUCAGCACCUCGAGCCAGCAGCUUCCGAGUUCAAUGUUACUCGCAACUAUCUUGACUGGAUCACUCAGAUACCUUGGGGCCAACGGAGUGCCGAAAAUUUUGGUAUUAAGAAUGCCAUGACCGUGCUCGACGAGGACCACUACGGCUUGAAGGACGUCAAAGAUCGCAUCUUGGAAUUCAUCGCAGUCGGAAAGCUUCGAGGUACCGUUGAAGGCAAGAUUCUGUGCUUUGUUGGUCCUCCUGGUGUUGGCAAGACCUCGAUCGGCAAGUCCAUUGCACGAGCUCUCAACAGGCAAUACUACCGCUUUAGUGUAGGCGGUCUCACUGACGUCGCCGAAAUCAAAGGUCAUCGUCGCACCUAUGUGGGUGCUUUACCUGGCCGCGUCAUCCAGGCCUUGAAGAAAUGCCAGACGGAAAAUCCUCUUAUACUCAUUGACGAAGUUGACAAAAUCGGUCGCGGCCACCAGGGCGAUCCCUCGUCUGCCCUGCUCGAACUUCUCGACCCCGAACAAAACUCUUCGUUCCUCGAUCAUUACAUGGAUGUUCCCGUUGAUCUUUCUAAAGUCCUCUUCGUCUGCACUGCCAAUAUGACCGACACCAUUCCCAGGCCCCUCCUUGACCGCAUGGAAGUCAUCGAGCUCUCAGGUUACGUUUCGGACGAAAAGAAGGCCAUUGCCAACCGGUAUCUGGCGCCGCAAGCCAAAGAAUUAUCAGGCCUCAAGUCGGUUGACGUCUCGCUUACCGACUCCGCCAUCGAGGAGCUCAUCAACAAAUACUGCCGCGAAUCUGGCGUGCGCAAUCUCAAGAAACAGAUCGAAAAGGUCUACCGCAAGUCCGCGCUCAAGAUCGUGCAAGACCUCGGCGAGGACGUUCUUGCCGAAUCCGAAGCCCUUACUGAUGAAGGCAAGGCCGCUAUGGAGGCCUCGGAGCAAAACGCUUCCGAGACCACCGACGUCAAGGACACCCCAGAGAAUAUCGAGCAAGAGACGACCGAAAAGCCACGCAAGCCGCUGCAGCUGCAGGUCCCGGAAUCUGUGCAUGUGGAGAUCACCAAGGACAACCUCCCCGACUAUGUCGGACCCCCAGUAUUCAAGUCCGACCGCCUUUACGAGACUACGCCGCCUGGUGUAGCUAUGGGCCUCGCGUGGACGUCCAUGGGCGGCGCGGCGCUAUACGUCGAGUCGAUCCUGGAGUCGGCGCUUUCUCAGUCGUCGCGACCCUCGCUGGAGCGCACAGGCAACCUGAAGCCCGUGAUGAAGGAAUCCGCGCAGAUCGCAUACAGCUUCGCCAAGAGCGUGCUGGCCAAGAGCUUCCCGGAUAAUCGCUUCUUCGACCAUGCCAAGAUCCACCUGCAUUGUCCCGAGGGCGCGGUGCAGAAGGACGGCCCGUCCGCCGGCAUCACUAUGGCGACGAGCUUCCUGAGCUUGGCCAUGGGACGCGAGGUCGAUCCGAAGCUGAGCAUGACGGGCGAGCUUACGGUUACGGGCAAGGUGCUGAGGAUCGGUGGCUUGAGAGAAAAGUGUGUCGCGGCGAGGAGGGCGGGCUGUGAGAAGGUCGUGUUCCCGCGGGAGAAUUGGGGAGAUUGGGAGGAGUUGCCGGAGAACAUUAAGCAUGGCUUGGAGGGCCAUGCGGUCGAUUGGUACCAUGAGGUCUUCGACCUUGUCUUUCCCGACGUGGAUGCUGAGAAGGUGAAUGGCUUGUGGAAGGAGCAGUUGAAGGAGCCCGGGAAGAAGAAGCAGCAGCAGAAGGAGAAGGAUGCGGAUGCGGAUGAGGAUGUGGACUGA